AUGAGCAACCCAUUAGGGUAUGCAGUGGAGUUGGUGAUGAAAGCCAAAUCGGAGGUAACUGAGGAGUACAUGAAAUCCAAUGCGGACUUUAUUGCUCUCACAGGACGAAGACUCCCCCGCAUCUUUUCGCCAUGGAAUCAUGUGGUGUCCGACUUGACACGAGUUGGGUUUGAUGAAGUGGAUUUUGGCUGGGGAAAACCAGCUUUUGCUGGACUAGCCGUAGGGAUUGAUGAUGUGGGACAGUUCAUUAAUGGAGUGAGAACUUGUUACUUGCCAAGCAAGAAUAAAGGAGAGAAAGGCAUGCUAGUUCCAGUUUGCUUGCCUAGAAUUGCCAUGGAAAGGUUUGCUCAGUUGAUUGAAAUCCUGUUGAAGAAAAGGAUUAAUGAAGGGGAUGAUGAUUCAGGAGAUGAUCAUUUUGACUUCUUCAACGAAGUUAGAUCUGCAUUAUGA